AGCUCUUGCUGUAAUCUCCAAGCUUGUAGCUAUAAAACCAGCGGGGCUGCUCUGGAAGAUAAACCCAACGGCCAUCAUUCAGUAAACUGAACAGACAUGUCGCAGGUGCAGCAUAGCCUCCAUGAGCUGCUACUCCUGCUGCAGGCGAGGUCUCCGUCUCCACAUGCAGCCCUAGUGGUCUCUGCCUUGCUCGUCUGCCCUCUUCUCGUCAUCCUGGUCGUGCGCCUCUUUGGGACGGCCAUCGCAAGAGAGCAGCUGCUGAGCAAGCUGCCAUCUCCCAGCUUCAGGCUGCCGAUCAUCGGCCACCUGCACCUCGUCGGCUCCCUCCCGCACGUCUCCCUCCGCGACCUCGCCGACAAGCACGGCCGCGACGGGCUCAUGCUGCUCCGCCUCGGCGCCGUCCCGACGCUCGUGGUCUCGUCGCCGAGCGCCGCCCAGGCCGUUCUGCGCACGCACGACCACGUCUUCGCGUCCCGGCCCUACUCCCCCGUCACCGAAAUCCUCUUCUACGGCCCCUCGGACGUCGCCUUCUGCCCCUACGGCGAGCACUGGCGCCAUGUCAAGAAGAUCGCCACCACGCACCUCCUUACCAACAGGAAGGUCCGCUCCUACCGCCAUGUGCGCGAGCACGAGGUGAUGUUUGUCAUGGCCAAGAUUUGCAAUGCAGCCUCCAAAUGCACCUCCAUCGACUUGAGUGAUUUGCUCAGUGCCUUCACGAGCGACAUCGUGUGCCAUGUUGUCUCCGGCAAGCUUUUCAGGAAACAAGGCCACGAUAAACUCUUUCGGGAACUCAUCGAUGCCAACGCAUUGCUUAUCGGUGGAUUUAACCUGGAGGACUACUUUCCCAUGUUGGUGAAGCUGGGCAUCAUCAAGAGGAUGGUUUGUGCCAAAGCUAGAAAGAUUAACAAGAUGUGGGAUGACCUUCUCAAUAAUCUCAUCGAUGAGCAUGCAAGCAAGCCGACGUCAGAACAUGACAACGAGGAGAAUGACUUCAUCGAUGUGUUGCUUUCUAUUCAACAUGAGUACAACCUCACGAGAGACCAUAUUAAAGCCCAGAUGGCGAUCAUGUUCGAAGCUGGGACAGAUACAUCAUUUAUAGUACUAGAAUAUGCAAUGAUUCGGCUCGUGCAAAAUCCUCGCCUCAUGGAGAAGCUACAAGAUGAGUUGAGGAGUUCUAUACCAAAGGGAAAAGAAAUGGUUACCGAAGACGAUAUCAAAAAUUUGGCCUAUUUGGAGGCAGUCAUCAAAGAGACACUUCGGCUACAUAUGCCUGCACCGCUCCUUGUGCCCCACCACUCCAUGGCCGACUGCAACAUAAAAGGCUACAAGAUACCAUCAGGAACGCGCACCAUCAUCAAUAGUUGGGCCCUUGCAAGGGACCCUGGCAGUUGGGAGAAUGCGCAGAAGUUCAUGCCUGAGCGGUUCCUGGAUGGCGGGAGUGCU